AUGACAACGAAAAAGCCCCCAAUAUCUAUGUCUAUGCUAUUAGUAGCCGAUAAAUCACCACCGAAACCCAAUAAUAUAUCGCCUCCCCCUAAAGGUUCGGAGGACCCUAUUGAUAGCUUCUUCUCGUUUGUCGAAGAGUACUAUGCCGGUGACGAGUUUAAACGCCUCAAAGGAAUAUGCCAGGAGAACAUAAGCCUUAAGAAGAAUCUCAAUGAGCUCCAAACUGCUUACGAGCAGAAUAUCAAAGCACUCACAAGUAACCUCGAUAAUGCUUGUUUUGCCGACUACUCCCGCUGGAAGGAGCUCCGGGUGCCCACCCACAUCACGCAUGGCGGCGAGCUCGACGAAGUCCUGGGUCACCUCGGCACCUAG